CUUCGUCCCCAAAUCAAUUUGUGUGUUAGAGAGAGAGAGAGAGAGAGAGAGAGAGGAUAAUUCUAGGGUUUGUUCGAUUCUCCUGCAACGAUGAUGAAACCCGAGGAUGCGACGGCGAAACGAGAUUCGAAGGAGGUGGAAUCUGACUCGUCUGUCUCUAAAAAACAGAAGAUCGAAGAUGAAGACGACACAAGCAUGGAAGAAGAAAGCGAUAACGAAGGCUUAUGGAGUGUCGACGCAGAAGACGAUGACGACGGCGCGAGAUCUCCGACGAUCAACUAUUCAAACUUGCAAGAUCCGGAACCGGAGUGGGAUAAGGACAGUUACGAUGGCUACGAAUUGAAAUUUGAUCCUGACGGCCGUGAAGGUUUCUCCAGCGACAAGGCGUACCAAGACUUCCGCGACUAUAAAACCAAGGCAUUUAAGAAUAGGGGGUUUUUAGAAGAUCCAUUCAGAUCCAUCUACCCCAUCAGAGAUCUGGACGAUCUCUGGACAACCACGACUAAGAGGCAGUAUUUGACAGAUAUUGCUUCCCUCUGUGUUAAGAAACUCAACGAGGAUAAGCGUUUGUCUGUGGAAGUUGCAAGCAUUGUGAGAGGCACUUUAAAACCAGGAGGUGGGUGGAAGCUGUACAUCACGUUUAUGGCUCGAGAGUAUCCCGAUGGUCCUCUCGUGGAGUAUCAAGCCAAGGCAGUGGAUUAUGCAGGACACAAAAUACCUCCAUUUCCCAUUCUCUGCAGACCAGCCUCUUGCAUGCCCUAAUCUAUGACUUGCAUUAGAUUGGGUAUGAUGCUCUUCUAGGGGAAGAUGAAGAUCAGAAUAAGGAUUUUCAGUUAUAAGUUUCAUUAGUCCUCAUGUGGAUUUAGCUUUUCUAUUUGGCUUUCAAACUUAUGGCCCUGCCUUUUAACUUGUAUCUUAUAUUUAUGGAUUUUAAUAUUAUGUUCACUGUUUAUUUUA